AUGACUCUUGCUUUUAUUAUUGAGACUGAGUGGUGGAGAUACGUUAGCAGUACAGUUGGCUACGUAUUGUUUUGCGUUUGUUCACCGAAGGUCAUUUCUCUGCUCCAUCAGCUAACGGUGGAUGCUGACCCAUCAUUGUAUGAUUAUAUUAGGGAAUUGGAACUAUUUCCGCAACUUGAUUCCUUUGCAAGAAUCAGAACUUUUCAUGAAAAACUAUGUGAAGCCUACUCUCCAAGAGAUCAUUUUUUGAAGUUCAUUAGGCGAUGCUCCUACCUUCCACAAGGUUUACUUCUUUGGAGCCUUCGAAACCUGCACAAGAAAUUACUAAUGGGAGAAAUCAUUCAACUUGAAAGCAAUGGUAUACUUAAACUACAUAAUUGCAAUCACUGGAAUGCUGAUCCUGAAGUUGUUUCUGCUGUAUGGUCUCUUGUGAGGCUAUGUGGCUCAAACGGUAUGAAUGAUAUGUGUGCAUUGCUUGCUGAUUUCAUUUCAAGGGUUGGCAUUGGAGAUCCCUAUGAUGUUAUAUUUCAUUUACCCGGAGAUCCCAGUCAGAAGCAUCUAACCCCGGCAUCUUACCAUGAUACUUCCAAGGAUUUUAAUCUACAAUGCGACAAUGGAGUCACUGAUGAGAUUUUAAUUGAGAUUUUAAGAUUGCUUAUGAAAUAUCUGCUUGAUGAAUCUGUCAAAAUUGUUGACAAGGCAUCUCUAACUCUACAGGGUAUUCUCUCAACUGAAAAAGGUCACGGUGCUCUUUUAUCACUUAAUUUUCACGAGAGAUCCUUAAUUGAGGUUCACUCAAAAGGUGUUCACUUGGCGCUAGUUGAGAAGCUACUAGUUGAUUCUGAAAAACAUUCAAUGGGGACUAUUUCACUGGAAGAUUCUUCCUUGUGGGUAACAGAAACAAAGGCCUAUGAGGAAUGGGUCUGCCCACUUGUGCACUCGUUGAUUAGUCAUAGUGAUGAUAUCAUCCUGAGAUUGUGCCAAGAUAUAGUUCUCCUGAAAGCUGAAGUUGCUGAACUGCUAUUUCCAAAUGUUUUGAUGAACCUAGCAGGAAGGGCUGAUUCAAAUGCAGACAUUUGCCAUUUAAUCUCAGGGAAGGUUCAGGAGAAUAUCUUUCUUGAGUCAAAUGACUUGAUGAAAUCAAUUCAUGUUAUCCUGGAUGCAUUGAAUAGACUAAGGUCAUGCUACAUAAUUGCAAGGCAAUAUUCGUUCUUGCCACCAGUGAAGCAAGGCAGGAUUUCUCGGUACGCAAAGGCUCAUUGCACUCCAGAAAAAGGAAAGGAGCAUUCAUCCAAUGUGCUCCUAUCAACUAAAUUGUGGGAGAAGGUUUACUGGCUUUCAAUUGAUUAUCUUGCAGUUGCCAGAGCAGCAAUUAGAACUGGCUCAUACUUUACGGCAGUAAUGUAUGUGGAGCAUUGGUGUGAAGAAAAUUUUAAUGGUCUCACACUAGGGUGUCCUGAUUUUUCCCAUUUUGAGACGCUACCUCCACAUAUUGAGCUAAUGAUUGCAGCAAUUACUCAUAUCAAUGAACCUGACAGUAUAUAUGGGAUCAUUCAAUCACAAAAGUUGACAUCUCAAACUGUUACAUAUGAACAUGAGGGGAAUUGGAGCAAGGCUCUUGAGUGUUAUGACUUGCAUGUGAGAACAGCAGGAUUGGGUGACACUGACUCAAUUUCAAGUGAAGGAGCCUCUGAUGCCUAUUAUAUAUCUUCUGGAGAUAAGAAAAUGGCUCAUUGGAAACCUUAUAAGGGAUUAAUGAGAUCUUUAAACAAAAUCGGUUGCUCUCAUGUGCUGGAUUUUUAUUGUCAAGGAUUGUUAAGUCAGAAAGUUCAAUUUCAGCAUGAUUUGGAGUUUACUGAAUUACAGUAUGAAGCUGCUUGGAGGGCUGGAAACUGGGACUUCUCAUUACUUUCUGCAGAAGAGAACUCUAGGAAACAUCUUAGGGGUGAACAUUUCAAUGAAAAUCUUUUCAGUUGCUUGAGGGCAUUGAAAGAGGGAGAUUCAAGUGAGUUUCAUACUAAUUUAAUGAAAACAAAGAAGGAGCUUGUGCUGUCUGUAUCUAAUACUAGCCAGGAGAGUACUGAGUAUAUAUUUUCGUCUGUAGUGAAGCUUCAGAUAUUAUACCAUCUUGGCAUUGCCUGGGAUUUACGUUGGACACAUGAACCAAGUGGAGAAAACACUUGUUUCAAGCUUAAUAAAAUUUUGCCUGAGCCUGUUGUUCCUACAAAAGUCCAGUUGGAGCCAUUAAAUAAAGAAUGGAGUUUCAUUCGAAUGCAAGCACAACAAAAUAUGAAUCUUUUGGAACCUUUUGUUGCAUUUAGACGCUCCUUUUUUCGAGUUUUAGAUUGCCAAGAAAGCAUUCUGGAACACCUUCUGGAGUCGGCAUGCAUUCUUCGUAAGGGUUCCCAGUUUUCUCUGGCUGCUGCUGCUUUGCAUGAACUCAAGCUACUCUUUUGUCAAUCAGAAAAACUUACUACAUCCCAUACUUAUCUUCUUGGAAGGCUUGAAGAAGCUAAAGUACUUCGAGCUCAAGGUCAGAAUGAGAUGGCAAUCAGCCUUGGAAGGUACAUAAUUCAGGAUUAUAAAAUGGAUGAGGAAGCCUCAAAUGUGCAUCGUUUAGUUGGAAAGUGGUUGUCAGAGACACGAUCUAGCAACUCAAGAACUAUUUUAGACCAAUAUUUGAAGCAUGCUGUGGAGCUCACUGAACAAAGCAACAGCAGGGAUCAGAAGUCUUUGUCUAGACAAUGUCAGACAUAUUUCCAUCUUGCACACUACACUGAUGGUUUGUUCAAAAGCUAUGAAGAAAGGCUUGCCUCAAGUGAAUGGCAAGCAACUUUGCGAUUGAGGAAACAUAAGACCAGGGAGAUGGAGGCUCUAAUUAGAGGGCUAAGAAGUUCAAGAAAGGGGGAGAAAGUUGAUUGCUCAAUAAAAAUACAAGAGCUUCAAAAGCAGCUUACAAUGUUUAGGGAGGAGGCUGAAAAGUUGCAGGAUGAUAGGGAUAAAUUCCUGAGUCUAGCAUUAGAGGCAUAUCAGCAGUGUCUUGUCAUAGGCGGAAAAUAUGACCUGAGGGUGGUUUUCCGACUUGUUUCUUUAUGGUUUAGCCUUUCUUCAAGACAAAGUGUUGUGAAAGCUAUGCUUAGCACAGUGAAGGAGGUUCAGUCAUUCAAAUUCAUUCCUCUAGUGUAUCAAAUUGCUUCAAGACUCAGCAGCCCAAAAAAUUCGCAAGGAUCAAAUAGUUUUCAGGUUGCAUUGGCUUCACUUGUGAAGAAGAUGUCCAUUGAUCAUCCUUACCAUACAAUAUUUCAGCUUCUAGCUCUAGCAAAUGGUGAUCGCAUCAAGGAUAAACAACGAAGUAGAAAUUCCUUUGUUGUGGACAUGGACAAGAAGCAGGCAGCAGAAGAUCUCUUACAUGAAUUAUACUCACAUCAUGGGAGAGUAAUACAACAGAUGAGACAAAUGGUUGAGAUAUAUAUUAGGCUCGCUGAACUAGAGACCAAAAAGGAGGACACAAAUAAGAAGGUGGCACUUCCGAGAGAUGUUCGCAGCAUCCGGCAGCUUGAACUUGUACCAGUUGUGACAGCUAAUGUUCCCAUUGACCCCAGUUGCAAUUAUGUGGAAGGUUCUUUUCCGUAUUUCAAGGGAUUAACUGAGUCUAUCAUAGUAAUGAAUGGUAUAAACGCUCCAAAACUGGUUGAGUGUUUUGGCUCUGAUGGUCAUAGAUAUCGUCAGCUUGCAAAAUCUGGAAAUGAUGAUCUUCGACAAGAUGCUGUUAUGGAACAAUUCUUUGGUUUGGUCAACACCUUCCUAGAAAAUCAUCGAGACACAUGGAAAAGAAAAUUAAGAAUACGUACCUAUAAGGUUGUUCCAUUCACCCCUAGUGCUGGUGUACUCGAAUGGGUUAAUGGCACUAUCCCGCUUGGUGAAUAUCUGUUAGGGAGCAAUAGGAAUGGUGGGGCACAUUUACGCUAUGGAGCAGGGGACUGGACAUUCUCACAGUGCCGAGAAUAUAUGGCGAAUGAAAAGGAUAAGCGCAAUGCAUUUAUCAAAGUUUGCGACAACUUCAGGCCAGUUAUGCAUUACUUCUUCCUGGAAAAAUUCCUUCAGCCGGCUGAUUGGUUUGAACGCAGACUGGCUUAUACAAGAAGUGUUGCAGCUAGUUCAAUGGUGGGCUACAUUGUUGGAUUGGGAGAUCGGCAUUCUAUGAACAUUCUUAUUGAUCAAGCUACUGCAGAGGUGGUGCACAUUGACCUUGGUGUUGCCUUUGAACAGGGUCUCAUGCUUAAAACACCUGAAAGAGUUCCAUUUAGGUUGACAAGAGAUGUUAUAGAUGGCAUGGGAAUUACUGGAGUGGAGGGUGUCUUUCGAAGAUGUUGUGAGGAAACUCUGUCUGUCAUGAGGACAAAUAAGGAGGCGCUGCUUACUAUCAUAGAAGUUUUCAUUCAUGAUCCGCUUUACAAGUGGGCUCUUUCUCCCCUCAAGGCUUUGCAAAGACAAGAGGAGACUGAUGAUGUUUUGGGCUCAAGUUUGGAGAGUUCCCCUGAUGCAGAUGAAGGAAACAAAGAUGCAGCACGAGCUAAGCUGCGGGUCAAACAAAAGCUUGAUGGGUAUGAAGAGGGUGAAUUGAGAAGUGUGCAGGGGCAGGUUCAACAACUUAUUCAGGACGCAAUAGACAUAGACCGCUUGUGUCAAAUGUUCCCAGGAUGGGGUGCUUGGUUGUGACAAAAGAUUCGAGGUAUGGAGGAUUUGGGUCAUAUCCAAUUUUGUAUACAGCUGAAUUCUAUUUCCAUUUUUCAAUAUCUUCAGUGCUGCUGCAUAUUUUGGAUGCUAAUGCCACAAGUCAACUGUAGCUGCAUGGUUUAGUUUCCCUUACACUAAGUAGUUGUAAGAUGUGAACAAAUAUAUUGAACUCAUAUUAUUAUUAUUACUGUAUAUGAGUUCUCCAUAGUUCAUGGUACAUAAUAUCAUUUGUUCUUCAUGUACAUCAAACUGGAUAAAUUUAGCUCUGAAGUGUCAAAAUGCUGUUUGAUUGAAUUGCAACGAUGAUUGCUUCAAGUUCGAGCCACACAGAAAGCCAGAUGACAACCACUUGAGAAUGGAUUUCGCUAUAGCGCCUGGAGAAGGUGUUCCUUAGCCUUUGUUUAUAUACCCUUUCGCUCUCUAUUUGUGUGUAUAGGUCCUAUCCUAGUAAGGGUAUAUAAGCGAAAGCUUUGUGAAGUUUCCUUCAGAUUCAGCUGAAUUCUGUACAACUUUAAUCAUAUGAUUUUUUUUUUUAAUGCAAA